ACCCGCAGUGGAGACAGCCAUGAGAGAUGUAACUAUGAUACCCUACUGGAAGAAUCUUUACUGUGUUUUGCUGGUGGCAUUGAUGGGUGCACCAGGUUUGGAUGCCUGGGAGCAGAUUGUCUGGUACGGUAAGGUGAUAGCAGGUUUGAGUACCACUUUCAACUGUUCCUCUUCCUGCGUCCCAAACUGCAUCUACACAUGGUCUUUUAAGGGCCGUACGGACACCGGCAAAACAUUAACCUGGACACCAGAUGGACUGGACAGAACAGUGGAAUUACAGUGCAGUGUGCUAAAUCAAGAAACAGGAGAGUCCAGCAGUAUGACCUCCAUUGUAGAAAUUGAGAAUCUAGUGUCAGUGCAAAUCAAUCCACCAAAUACCCUCCCAUCUCUCAACCAGCCACUGGAACUGAUCUGCCAUGAUUCUAGAUAUGGUGACAUUUCAGGCCCAUCACACCUGGUGAACAAGGUGGUCUGGUACAAAGAUGGACAGAAAGUGACCCUGCGUGAAAAUAUGAAGCUGCUGCACAACACUUCACUUCACUUUGACUCACUGCUGCCCUCUGAUGCUGGAUUCUACCAGUGUGAGACUUCUAUAGGACAGUCACGCGUUUUCAGCCUGGGCUAUCUUCUCAGUUUUGAUCCAUGGAACGUCAGCAUCAGCGGACCUAACAUUGUGUUUCCUGGCACACUGAGUAAAUUCACAUGCUUGACGAGCUGUACCUUAAAUGUGGACUGUAUUGUCCAAUGGGAGUUCCGGGGUGGUUUCCCCAUUGGAACUUACUUUUCAGUCCAUGAAAACGAACUCAAGUGGACUCCCUCCAUACCCGGUACUUUCCAAAACUUCACCUGCGUUGCAAAAAAUGCAGCAGCUGGUCGCUCUGCUGAGGCCACCAAGAUGGUAGAAGUUAAAGGCACUCCUUUCUCUGGAUCAGAGGCGAUGCAGCACAAUGGACUGUUUGCAGUGAUCUUCAGCCUGGGGCUGCUGGUGCUUUUUGACUCACAGAGUGUUUUUGUUUUUAAUGCUUAAUUUGCUCGUUUUGAAUUUUGUUUUCAUCGUUUUAUCUCAUUCAUAAAAACACACGCGAAAAACCAAACUGAUAUGUUGACAGAUAGGUAAGAAGAAUAUUGGUGACUUCGUCAUCAUGUAUUCAUCAACUAUUUUGAAACAUAGCAUUCUGCCCGUAUGAAUAAUAAAAUAUUAGUUUUUUUUUAAAUCAGGGGAAUUGGCAGACAAAACAUCAAGUAUUUAUGGUGUCUUCAUUUCUUGUUUUGCCUUGGAUUCUGUUUUGAGUUUUACCCAGUAAUUUCUGCCUAGUGCCAUGAAAUCAAAAACAUUAAUAAAGGUGUACAAAAGAAAA